AUGCAAGUGCGUCACGGUGCCGUGCGCAACACGCAUCUCGACACGUUCAACGUCGACGCAAUGAGUGCAGUGGACAAUCCCCCACCACCUCCGCCACGCAGUCGCGCCCGUGGUACGCCCAAGCGUCCUACAGCAGAGAAAAAGGGCGCAUCGACUGAAAAGUCGGAAGAGCCCACAGACGCCUCUGAGAGCGGCGAUGUAUUCACAGAUGCGCCGGCCUCGCAGGAGACGCACCCUGAAGUGGAACGCUUGCAGACGCUCCUUGUGCAAAAAGAAGAAGAACUUGCUCAUAUGAAGAAAGAGCUGGAAGAAGCAGUAUCAGCGCGUGAUGAUGUUGUUGAGCGGCAUACAGACUGGCUCAAAGAGCGUGAGGAACUGCGUGGCGAAAUGGACGCCUUGCAAAACCAGAUCGCAUCGGAGCGUGAGCGUGCCGAUGCUGCCGAGGAACGUGUGCGUGACCUGCGUCGUACCAAUGAAGAAAGCCGUCGUGCGAUUAUGCGCUUGCAGCAGUCGCGCCCUGGCACACCGCGCACAGAGAGCGAGACGAGUGAGCGUUUGACGCGCCGCUCCAGUGCGAUACUUAGCUCACUAGCCCCGCGCUCCAUCUCCGGUGCAUCUGAGGCCGAUUCCGAGACGGAACGCACAGGUUUGCGUGACUUACGCUUAGUCUCACCUUCGCAGGCUUCGACGGAUGGAUUCUCGCCCGUGCUGGGAGCCAAGAGUCCAGAAGAGGCUUCUGUGGUACCAGAGACGGACUUGCCGAAAGAAGACACAGAGACUGUGGGCGCCGCAGACGAGGGGCAGAGUCCUGGCCAUGCCACAUCGCCUUCGGGCAUUACUGGCCUCUUUCCCUCGUCCUUACUUCGUCCGCCCUUCUCUCUUCUGCGCAAGAGCCCCAGCUCAGACGCCAACAGUGUGCCUGUAGCUGGAUCGAGUGAAGAUGCGACUAUGCAGAUGGAGCAACUCCGCUCUGAGCAUGACAAGGCACAAGAACGUGUGAUGGCACUCGAAAAGGAGCUGACAAGUAUGCAAGACCAGCUGACGGAAUCGCGCGAGGCGCAGCAGGCAAGUGAAACGUUGAUCAAAUCGCUGCGUGAAUACAUUGUAAAUGCGGGUCAAGGUAGCUCACUGCCUACAGACACGCCCAGCUUGGAAGAAAAGGCAGAGACAGGCGCUACGAUGGACGUUACCGAGAAUGUGCUUGUGAGCCAAGAUGAAACAGAGAGCGAUGCCAAGCCUCUCACAGAGGCCGACAUCCAGAAAGAAGACCCAGCUGUCUCAGCUACUGUGCAAGUCGACGCUGAAGAGCGUGCCAAGGAGACCCAAGAGGCCUCAGACGUCACAGAGACAGAGACCACGACAGCGAAGAGUGAUGCAGCUACUACGGAAGAGACAGAGGCGAAGAAGGAAGAAGAAAUAGUCGACGCCGAUGUAGCCACAUCGUCGACAUAA